AGCAAAUCUGCCAUAACCAGAGCAUCCUCAAUAAGGCAUAUAUAUUAAAAACGAAACUGCCACAAUGACUUCCGUCGUGUACAUUCACGAGAACCCGAUGCAAACAGUCCUGCCCCACCUGGAAGAGUACCUCCCGUUCGCCAACAACCCACAUUACAUGAUCGUGGUACCACCGGUCAAGGUCGAGGACUCACCGACUGAGGACUCACCGGCUAAGGACUCACCGGCUAAGGACUCACCGGCUGAGGACUCACCGGCCAAGGACUCACUAGUUAUAGCGUCCUUCGAGCCUUUCAAAUGCCCCCCAAAGGACAAACCAUGGGCGGUCGCGACUACCGAUUUCACGAGACCAGGCGAGGCUGAAUUUUGGUUUUGGUCUUCCAUCGAGGCUAGCGAGGUUGAUAUCAGGGACAAGGGGCUCCUCGAGGAAUCAUGUAACCUUCUCAAAUCCAUGGUCACCCUGAUAGUCGAGAACCACAAGGACAAGAAGCUUUUAUCAUUGGGAUGUCUGCACGCUGCAUUCAUUCCGUUCAUUCCCGAAUCUUCGAUCGAGACCAAGACCAAGACCUAUAUGAAAUACACCUUCACGCGCGGCCACCUAAAUGAGCCCACAUUGGGAGAGGAUUUCCAAGGUUGCCACCUUGGAGAUGUUAAAGACAAUGAGCUCAUCAAAUUGGUUGCGGCCUCAUCCGAAGUGUACCGGAGCCCUGAAACGCUACAGAAGUAUAACAGUACGGCUGCAUAUCUUGACGCAGAAGAGAGCAAAGACACCGCUUUGGGAUGGUGUUGGACUGCACGGGAUGGUACCUUGACCACGCUGUUUGUGAAGGAGGAAUACAGGAAUCGACAAAUAGCCAAGCUCGUCAUGUGGCAUCACUUACAGAGAGAGUUCGUGACCCGCAAGUUCGUAUGUGUGGACGUAGACACAGAUAAUAAAGGGAGCGUCAAGGCCUGUACGGGUUUAGGAGCGGCGCAGGCUUACCCGGCCAUUUGGUUGACGAUUGACAUGCCGGACUUUAUCUCUACUAAGGUUGAGCGAUAGGCGGUGCGUAGGUGGGAUUCUGAGGCUCUAAGAUGGAUUUUUGCCGACAGCGCAUGCAUAACACAUACGUAUCAAGGCUCCUUGAAUCGUUCCGUGCGCAUCAGUACAUAUACAUAUGUAAUGUAGACGCACCGUAGCUAUCAUUCUAAAACUUGUAUGCG